AUGAAGCUCAUAGUGCCCAAGCAGCGCUCAUUUCCAUGGUUUGGAAUGGAUAUCGGUGGAACGUUGGUUAAACUGGUCUACUUUGAACCUAAGGACAUUACUGCAGAAGAAGAGCAGGAGGAGGUGGAAAAUCUGAAAAGCAUUAGGAAAUACUUGACCUCCAAUACAGCUUAUGGUAAAACUGGCAUUCGUGAUGUCCAUCUUGAACUAAAAGAUUUGACUAUGUGUGGACGGAAAGGAAACCUGCACUUCAUCCGCUUUCCCAGCUCUGCCAUGCACAGGUUCAUACAGAUGGGUAGUGAAAAGAACUUCUCCAGUUUGCACACUACGCUCUGUGCCACAGGAGGUGGAGCUUACAAGUUUGAGGAAGACUUUAGAACGAUUGCUGAUCUACAACUUCAUAAACUGGAUGAAUUGGACUGUUUGAUCCAAGGCCUCCUUUAUGUUGAUUCUGUUGGUUUCAAUGGCCAACCAGAGUGCUAUUAUUUUGAAAAUCCUACAGAUCCUGAACAAUGCCAGAAAAAGCCUUACUGCCUUGAUAAUCCAUAUCCUAUGCUGCUGGUUAACAUAGGCUCAGGGGUCAGCAUCCUAGCUGUGUAUUCUAAGGACAACUAUAAAAGAGUCACAGGAUCCAGUCUUGGAGGAGGAACGUUCCUGGGCCUUUGCUGUCUGCUGACUGGCUGUGAGACAUUUGAAGAAGCACUAGAAAUGGCUGCAAAAGGAGACAGCACCAAUGUGGAUAAGCUGGUGAAGGAUAUUUAUGGAGGAGACUAUGAGCGGUUUGGCCUUCAAGGGUCUGCUGUAGCCUCAAGCUUUGGUCAUAUGAUGAGUAAAGAAAAGAGAGAUUCCAUCAGUAAAGAGGACUUGGCCAGAGCUACUUUGGUCACCAUCACCAACAACAUAGGUUCUAUUGCUCGCAUGUGUGCAUUGAAUGAGAACAUCGACAAAGUGGUUUUUGUUGGCAACUUUCUCAGAAUUAAUAUGAUUUCUAUGAAGGUGCUAGCAUAUGCAAUGGACUAUUGGUCCAAGGGACAGCUGAAAGCUCUCUUUUUGGAACACGAGGGUUAUUUUGGAGCUGUUGGGGCUCUUCUAGAAUUGCUUAAAAUGACAGAUGAUCAGUGAUGAAGCUGUCUGAAGAGAUUCCUACUGCAGAUGCUGCUGGAUAAGAGUGAAAGCCACUACAAGGAUGGAAAUGAAGCCAUUAUGGUAGUUCUACCUGCUGGAUUUGUAAAUAAUUUAAAAUUCUUUUAGCUGAUCUUUAACUUCUGGGUUUUGAGCUUAUACUUCAGAAUUCAUAUUGGGAAUAAUGAGAAUUUUUUUCUGUACACUGUAUUUUUUAAGGGAAAAAUGUGCAAAGCGGCCAAACAUACAGAUUUUAUGGAUUUAUUUUAAAAAGCAGAUACUGUUUAAUGUAUAACCUGUGAUAUGAGGCAUCUGCUUUUCUUCUGGGGUUUACUGAUUAGUGUGAUAAUUUUAACUUCAUUUAGUAAUCACUCUAGGAGAUUUUUUAUCUUAUUUUCAUGACGUUUCAUGGUUUGUUCUUGGUUUCAAAUGAAACUACAAAGCUGAUGCAUUUUACUGUGAAAACUAGUUGUUGAUUUUAUUUGCCUUUCCUUUCUUCAUUGAUGAGACACUUUAUUAUUUAACAUCUUCCCCACUCCCCCCC